UGAGCUGUUCUUUCUGUAGCUGUAAGCUUCAGAACUUCGUUCCCUGUGCCCACCUUCACGACCCUCUCUCUCUCCUCUCUCUCUCCUCUCUCUCUCUCUCUCUUCCUCUCCGUACUGCCUGUAUUCGUAGUGCCCAAUCGGAAUAGCAUGUAGUAAUAACUUUAAUAUGCAUAAACUCCUUCUCUCUCGCUGAAAAAGAAACCAAUAGAUUCAAAGAAAACCUAAUCUUCGUUUCUGAAACUCCAAGAAAAAAUGAAAAGAGGUAAUUUCAAUCGCAGUGUUCAGGGUUCUUUUGCCGGCGCCGCCGCAAGCGGCGGCGGCGGCGGCGGCGGCGGUAGUGGGAGUAGCAGCGGGGUGUCGAAGGGGAAGAAGGUGUGGGAGGAGAGUGAGCAGGACGCGGGAAUGGAUGAGCUUUUGGCGGUUUUAGGGUAUAAGGUGAAGUCGUCGGACAUGGCGGAGGUGGCUCAGAAGCUUGAGCAGUUAGAGGAAGUGAUGGGGAGCGUUCAGGGAGAUGACCUCUCGAAUUUCGCGUCGGAAACGGUUCAUUACAACCCCUCAGAUCUCUCCACCUGGGUGGACUCCAUGAUUUCCGAGCUGAACCCGGGCGACCCGUUUUUAUCCCAAACCGAAUCCUCCGCUAUCACCAGUCUCCCCACUCAGAUCUUCGACGAUUCCUCUUUCGAUUCAGAUCUCACCGCGAUUCCAGGCAAAGCCGCCUAUCCUCAGCCUCCGAGCAAGCGAUUCAGGACGGCUUCCACCACUUCCUCCACCUCCUCCAACAUGCAGCUCGGCGCCGCUGCCGCCUGGGGAAGUCCUAGCGAGUCAAUCUCUCCUUCCUCCGAGUCAACUCGCUCAGUGGUCCUGGUUGACUCGCAGGAAAACGGCGUCCGUCUCGUCCACACCUUGAUGGCCUGCGCGGAGGCGAUUCAGAAGGAGAACAUGAAAUUGGCGGAGGCUUUGGUGAAACAAAUCGGUUUCCUCGCCGUUUCUCAAGCCGGAGCCAUGCGAAAGGUCGCUACCUACUUCGCCGAAGCCCUAGCUCGGAGAAUUUACCGUCUCUACCCUUCCAACCUCAACGACUCCGCCUUCUCCGACCUCCUCCAAAUGCACUUCUACGAGUCCUGUCCCUACCUCAAAUUCGCCCAUUUCACCGCCAAUCAAGCCAUCCUCGAAGCCUUCGCUAACAAAAACCGCGUCCACGUCAUCGAUUUCUCCAUGAAACAAGGGAUGCAAUGGCCGGCUCUCCUCCAGGCUCUCGCCCUACGCCCCGGCGGCCCUCCUAGCUUCCGAUUAACCGGAAUCGGCCCGCCGUCCAACGAUAACACGGAUCAUUUACAGGAAGUCGGCUGGAAAUUAGCUCAACUCGCGGAAACUAUCAAUGUCGAAUUCGAGUUCCGAGGCUUUGUGGCGAACUCCUUAGCGGAUCUCGACGCUUCGAUGUUCAAUAUCCAGGACGGGGAGACGGUGGCCGUUAACUCCAUCUUCGAGCUCCAUCAGCUCCUCGCCCGCCCCGCCGCCAUCGAGAAGGUUCUAUCCGUUAUCAAGGACAUGAAGCCGGAGAUCGUGACGGUGGUCGAGCAGGAAGCGAAUCACAACGGUCCGGUUUUCAUGGACCGGUUCACCGAGUCUCUACACUACUACUCCACCCUCUUCGACUCGCUCGAGGGCUGCGCCGCCAGCGAAGGCGGCACCGUCUGCGACCAAGAUAAGGUCAUGUCGGAGGUGUACUUGGGGCGGCAGAUCUGCAACGUGGUGGCCUGCGAGGGCGUGGACCGGGUCGAGCGCCACGAGACGCUGGCUCAGUGGCGAACCCGGUUCAGGUCGGCCGGAUUCUCCCCGGUUCACUUGGGCUCUAACGCCUACAAGCAAGCUAGUAUGCUGUUGGCCCUGUUCGCCGGCGGCGAUGGGUACAGAGUGGAGGAGAACGACGGCGGGUUGACGCUGGGUUGGCACACGAGGCCACUCAUUGCCACCUCGGCCUGGAAACUCACCAGUUAACUCACCGAGUCAGAUCAUGGGGCUAUUGGCGGUUCAGAAUAUCGGUUUUGUGAGCCCGGUUUGACAGGAUGGAUGGAGACUCACCGGUUCACCGGUUCGCCGGUUCGCCGGCUCGCCGGCCAGCAAUUCUGUUUUUUACCGAAGUUAGUUUGGAAUUUUACUGUAUUUAUAUUUUGUGAAUGGAUUAUGAUGCUGUAAUUUUAAGAAUUUGAAGGGUGAAUCUGGAAAUUGGUCAAUGUGUAUUUAUCGUAUUAUAUUAUAUUUUAUUAUAUAUUGUUAUAUGUAACCUAAAACUCUAAAAGCAGGUGGAGUUGGGGGCAUAACUUUUAUUGAUU